AUGGCUAACAAUGCAACUCAGCAAUCAUAUGCCUCUUCCUCGUUUAUACUAGGGGUUAUCGGUGAGUUAAUCCCUGGAGUCUAUCAGGAGGUGAUCGACAACACCUGGUCGAAUAUCCUCCGCGUUUACUUUGGGGUCAAUGAUUUUUAUGUCCAACCCUCUAGGAGCCUCAAGAAAGCAAACGUUGUUGUGUCAAAUUAUCUCAGGACUCGACCACCGGGUCAAGACCGUCUCGUGCAAACACGGCAUAAGGUUCUUCUUGUCGAAGCCAAACGCUUCCCACGCAGUGCGAGACACGAUUCCAACUGGAGUGUCAAUUAUGACUGGCAAAGAGUUCUAGACCAGCUAGGUAAAUACAUGCGCCAAGCUCGAGCUGAAUUUGGUAACCUGCAGACCAUGUACGGAAUUGUUGCCGUUGGGAAUAAGGCCCGUUUCUAUCAAAUGAACUGCUCCAGCACUGCUGGUCACAUGGUCACGUUCAACCCCAACAAUCCACUGGGAGGUGGAAUACAGAAUCGCAUAUUAGACCUUACUACUAAUGCGGAUAUUAUCCACAAUUAUCUUUCGGUGAUUGCGGAUCACGUUGCCGCCAGCAGAAACAGAUGGUAA